CGCCGCGAAACCGACUUACGCCAGGACGUGCUUCCAAUUUCCAAAAACAACAACUCCGAUCCCGAGUGGAGAACGGUGCGAUUCACUUCCAUAUAUACAUAGCCAAGCAUUCAUCCGGCAAGCCCAUCUCGAUUCCCUUCUACCCUCACGCCCUAGCUCGUCUCCAUCGAUCAUGGACAGCCUCGCCGCGGCCGCCGCCAACUGCCGCUGCAGCCGCGUCGUCUACGUCGGCAACAUCGCCUUCCACGCCGCCGACAAGGAGGUCCUCGACGCCUGUGAGCUCAUCGGCCCCGUCCGCUCCUUCCGCCUCGCCGCCGACGCCGCCACGGGCAAGCGCAAGGGCUACGCCUUCGUCGAGUACGCCGACGACGCCACGGCGCAGAGCGCAUGCCGCAACCUGCACGGCCACCUCCUGCGUGGCCGCGAGCUGCGCGUCGGCCUCGCCGACAGGACCGGCGCGUCGGGGAGGCGCCGCGGCGACCACGACCCCGUCGGCAUGGACGACGCCAUCCACGCCGCCUCCCUCGUCGACUUCUCCGGGCAGCGCCACGCCGCCGCGGUCGCCUCCGUCACGCGGUAUCUGGCCGGCCUGUCCAGGCACCAGCUGCGGGAAGCCGCGGCCGCGUUCGAGACCAACAAGCUUCUCAAGGACACCGCCAUGGAGAUGGUGCAGCGCCUGCUCGACAUGGCGGCCGCCGACGCUGCCGCCGAGGAGGCAAAGAGGAAGAGGCAGGAGAGCGCCUCUGCUGCGACGGCCGAUGAUCACCGCGCCAAGAUGAGGAAGCUGGAAGAUGGCGGGAAGGCCACGCCGGUGCCCGCUGGAGUUGCCUGCGUCUGAGAGACCAUGCCGCAGCAACUGCUUCUUCGUGAUUAGUCUUGUUUUACUAGUUCAUUUUUGGUGCUGUGUAGAUCAUCACGCGAAACAAAACAUAUGUACUGUGUAAUGUCACACCAUCUAUUGAUGAUAAUGCAAAAUUCCCUUCUUUA